AGAACUCUCGCGUGUCAUCACGAGACGUAAGGUAUGUGGGCUUCAGACUACAAAUAACAACGGAAGUAUGGCUGUGUUUCCUCUGGUGCAUUACCGAGGGUUUGCGUUGCUCGCGGCGCUUCUUCACCUAUGCACAGCAUUUCCACGAAGGCCAGCCAUCACCUGCUCCCCGUCAACCUUCAACUGCACCUCAAACCCCGCAAGACCGAAUGCCUUCCCGCCAUGCAUCCCGGCCUCCGAACGCUGUGACUGCAUGAUCAAUUGCGAGGACGGGAGCGACGAGAAAGAUUGUGGUCACGUGCACGUCGACGUCAAUGCAGACAAUGAUCACGUGAUUGGUACCCUCACGAGUUUCUGGUAUCCACGGGCGACAAAUCUCACAAUGCUCUGCACGUACAAUAUUAGUACAAAUCAUAUUGGAAAAUACAUCAAGCUGGUGUUCGGCGAUUUUGAUUUGCCCGUCCCUAAAGAUGUCACUUGCGUUGAUAACUACAUCAUGUUUGAAAACGUGGAAUACAUUGGUAGUACAGGACUUCUACCAGUUAUAGACAAUGGUCGUACCAUUGGCGGGGGGUUUUGCGGUUCCACGAAGCCCCCGAUCCUAAAAUCACAAUUACCAGGCCCCCGUGGUCCACAGGGUCCCCAAAACAGCGAGACACACCCAGCAACAUGGCUAACAAUGACCGUCAAAAUAAACAGCAAUAGCAAAGAGGGGCGUGGAUUCAUGGUCACGUGGUAUAGCGUUGUCCAAUCAUUUCCACCAAAUCUGGUUCCGAACAAAAAGGAGACAUGGCCUGAGUUUGUAACAGCACGUGUCCAGCACGUGAAAGUUCAAGCCAAGACAGACUCUACUUUCAUUGUGUCUGUGGUUAUACUGUCGGUAAUGGCCAGCGGUAUCGUCAUAUUUGCCAUAUACCGUUGCUACGUAGCAAAGAAAAAUGCAGGAUGGAAUGUGAGCGCGACGGGAGGCGAACAACACAGUUCGCGAUCCAGUAAUGAUGAUAUGACGAUUUCGGUUAGCAAUAACCGUGCCAGCGGUAGCAGCCAACAGCAAUUGGCGCGUAGGAGGAAUGGUAACGAGAUGACUCCUAUAAAUAGGGCAGUGACUGGCUCGCAACAAUACACAUAGUUAUCAGGCGCGUACACAGGGAGUGCGUGCGCAGAAAACUGGUCAUUUGCUUAUUAAGGAAUCCUCAAAUACUAUGCUUUUUCCAUAUAAUACUUAUGACUCGGACAAUCGGACAAUCUGGGUACUUGCCUGGUUAUAUUUCUAUAGAGAUACUCGCCUUAUUAACGCAUGAAUCAUAUAGAUGCUGGUCAGUAUUUGUAAAGUUUUUACCAACAGAAGAAAAGCAGAGAGAAGCAGAGAUUUCAUCCUCUAGUAAAAUAGUGUACGCCAA